CAGGCCCUCGGAGCGCGAGCCGCGCGCAGCCCGCCGGCCGCCGAGGUCCCCCGAGCCGGAGCCCGAGGUGGAGGCGCCGGGGCGCCCGGAGCAGAGACGGGAGCCCCAGGUGGCUGCCCUCCCUCCCCUAAGAUGUCAGCAAGGAGGGAGCUACCUGUGUCGUCCUCAGGGGCCCCACAGAGUCUGAGGGUCCCCAUCCCAGGAGCUCCGAGGUGGAGGAAGUGCUGACAGGUGGUCAAGAGAUGCUCCCCAAGCCCCUCUAUUCCCUCCCCAUCCUCCUCCUCUUCCUCCUCCCCAGUGUCCCAAUGGAGCCCCACUCUUCACCUUCAACUCUACCCCCCUUCCCAGCUCCUGAGUGGGACCUGCUGUCCCCUCGAGUAGCCCUGUCCAGGGGCGCCCCUGCUGGGCCCCCUCUGCUCUUUCUGCUGGAAGCUGGGGCCUUUGGGGAGCCAGCUGGUGCCCCAGCCAACCGCAGUCGUCGUGGGGUGAGUGAGUCGGCCCCGGCCAGUCGCCGGGGUGAGCUGGCUGUCUGUGAUGCAGUGAGCGGCUGGGUGACUGACCGUCGGACGGCUGUGGACCUGAGAGGACGCGAGGUGGAGGUGCUGGGCGAGGUGCCCGCGGCUGGUGGCAGCCCCCUCCGACAGUAUUUCUUUGAGACUCGCUGCAAAGCUAAUAGUACUGGAGAAGGUGGCGCUGGUGUGGGUGGAGGGGGCUGCCGGGGAGUGGACCGGAGGCACUGGGUGUCUGAAUGCAAGGCCAAGCAGUCCUACGUGCGGGCCUUGACUGUGGAUGCCCAGGGCCGUGUGGGCUGGAGGUGGAUUCGAAUUGAUACUGCCUGCGUCUGCACCCUUCUCAGUCGGACAGGCCGGGCCUGAGGCGCAGGCCCCAGAACUGAACAGGCAGAGAAAAAGAAGAAGAGCUGGACGCUAAAUGACCUCAGGAAUGGCCUGGCUGCUUUGAAAAGAGCCUUCUGUUUGGAACCUUAAGUGGUCAUGGAAUCAAACAUCUCCUAUUUUGAGAGCUUUCAUUUGCAAGAUGUGUGAUGAAAUCAAAUGGGGUUUCAAAGGAUGAAUAGGAGUUCUCCUGGAGGAACU